AUGGCAGAAAUUCAGAAGACCAAGGAAAACAAUCCCAUGCGUAAAAUACGCAUUGAGAAAUUAAUAUUAAAUAUUUGCAUUGGUGAAACUGGAGACCGUUUGACUAGAGCCUCUCGUGUGCUUCAAGAAUUAAGUGGACAGACUCCUGUUGAAAAUAAAGCGCACAAGACAAUCAGGGCUUUUGGUAUCAGAAGAAACGAUAAAAUUGCCACUUGUGUAACUGUAAGGGGUUCAAAAGCCUUGGAACUUUUAGAAAAAGGUCUCAAGGUAAAGGAAUACCAACUAAAUAAAUCGUGUUUUUCUGAAUCUGGUAUCUUCGGUUUUGGUAUUCAAGAGCACAUCGAUUUAGGUUACAAAUACGAUCCGAACAUUGGUAUUUUCGGUAUUGAUUUUUCUGUUCACCUCACUCGUCCAGGAUACCGUGUUUGCAAACGCCGAGCAAAGAAAACCAAGGUCGGCCCAUUAAACCGAGUCAAUGCCAGCGAGGCUCGAAAUUGGUUUGAACAAACCUUUGACGGACAACUUUUCUGA